UGGGUUAGAUUGCAAUAGACACAUGCGAGUAUUGCAAAUGAGCUUGUAACCCGAAUUGAUCUGUGUAUGUUACGGAUAUCGAGGUCAAACAUAUUUUUCUGGUCAGUGUAUAGUUUGACUAAGAACAUGGCGACUGCAUCUGUGUCUUCGGGCGUGAAUUUCAAGUUCAGGGUGGUGGAAGGAGAUUUGUUUUCCUGUCCAGCCACAGAUUCCUUAGCUCACUGUAUCAGUGAAGAUAUUCGUAUGGGCAGAGGAAUUGCUGUCUUGUUCAAGAAAAAGUUUAAACGUGUGGAUAAACUCAAGGCUAUGAAAAAGAAGACAGGGGAAUUAGCUGUUCUGAAUGAUGGAGGAAGAUUUAUAUAUUACCUGAUAACGAAACCUAAAGCUAAUGAUAAACCAACCUAUGAUACACUGAAGUCUAGUCUGGUGGAGAUGAAGAAACACUGUGUCAGGAACAAUGUCACUUCACUGUCCAUGCCUUGUAUUGGUUGUGGUCUGGACUGCCUUAACUGGGAGGAGGUGUCUACAAUGAUAUGCGAACUCUUUUAUGACACAGAAAUGACAAUCACUGUUUAUCAGUUACCUCGAAAAUCUUAAAUGUAAAAACAAGUUUUAUAUUUGAAACCGCUGUGUAGUGGAUAUCAACAAAACAUAUACCGGCUUCAUUUCUACAGGCAUUUCAUUUGUUGAGGGUUUAAUAAUUUACCUACUCGCAUUAGACACAUACUAUGUCGCAGUGUUACCAAGUAGACAUUUCAAAAAAAUAUUAUGUGACUGCUGAAAACUGCUUUUCAGCUACCAAUCAUAUAUAUAUUUCACCUACAUAGUAAUAUCAGCAUCAGCUAUAUUUAUUUCAGGGGGAUCGCUGUUUACUUCUCUUGGACCAUCCUAUAUUCAAAGUCACAGGUCACAGAGGUCAAAGUUGUAAAAUCUUUUGAACACCUUUCUUCAAUGACCAAGACUUUAAAUGUCAGUAAUGCAAAUUGCUGUGUAUUGUAAAAGAUAUUGAAUACCAAGUGAGUGACACAGGAUCAUUAGGCCUCCUGUUAACUAUUACAUCCAGGUUCUCAAAUAUUGCUAUUGAUUUGUAGAUAGCAAUGCCUUACGGUGUGCGGUCAUCCAAGCAUGACUACUCAUCAGUUUAAACUUUAGUGUAAAUUUAGGUGACCAUCAAUCAAUAUGAAGUUUUGUGUGGAGUAAGAAUUCUUAGUACAUUAGUGUGUACAUUGUAUAUAAUUUUGUUUUAACGAGGAGUUUAAUUUCAUGUUCUGAAAUUUUUCAAAAGCUAGAUGAAUCAGCAAUGAUCAGUACGUGCAUCUUCAUUGUACUAUCAAAUGCUUUAACUUUUUCUCUGAAGUCUUUAGCUCUUUUCCAUUAGCUGUUUAAGGAACAAACACACUGAAGUUAUUAGUGGUAUGAUAUGUUUACUUGUUUUGUGUUUCGACAAAUAUAAGACAAAGACAGCAAUUGUGUUGUAUACAAGUUAUGUGAAAUCUAGUGUGUUGUGUACAACAUACAGUGUGUAUGUGUACAAAAUACAAUGUGUAUGUGUACAAGAUACAAUGUGUAUGUGUACAAGAUACAAUGCGUUUGUGUACAAGAUACAAUGUGUAUGUGUACAAGAUACAAUGCAUUUGUGUACAAGAUACAAUGUGUUUGUGUACAAGAUACAAUAUGUAUGUGUACAAGAUGAUAUGUGUAUGUGUACAAGAUACAAUGUGUAUGUGUACAAGAUACAAUGUGUUUGUGUACAAGAUACAAUGUGUUUGUGUACAAGAUACAAUGUGUUUGUGUACAAGAUACAAUGUGUAUGUGUACAAGAUACAAUGCGUUUGUGUACAAUGAUACAAUGUGUAUGUGUACAAGAUACAAUGCGUUUGUGUACAAGAUACAAUGUGUAUGUGUACAAGAUGAUAUGUGAAUGUGUACAAAAUCUUUGACAAUGGAUGUAUUGUGUACAGUUAUAUACAUUUUGUAUAACUGACAUUGAAACUAUGUAUAUGCACGGCACCUGUAGCUGAUGUGUUUUAUACCUAAUGGUAAAAUAUUGAUUUGGUUGUAUACACAAUAACUAACACUAGUUGUUUGUCAAAUAGUAUUAAUCUUGUAACUUGUAAAUUUUUCAUUUGAUAACAUUUUAGUUUCAUCAGCAGUGAACAGUGUUAUUAAAACGUUUGAGAGAUACAGACUCCAAUGUAUUAACAUGCUAUGGAUUUUGCUUAAUUAACCGGUAGAAUUACACAAGAUUUUUUUUUUGUAUAUGUUUGUUAUUGGAUGUGUUUAUCAAUCAAUCGUCGUUGUCGGCGAUGUGAUAAAAAAAUAGUUCUAAUUUAAUAAAUAAUGGAAGCAUUUU